AUCCACAAUCUUUCCAGUGUACUCCAGGGUGUUUGUCUCUGUCUCACGCCUCACGUCCCCCACCUCCGGGAUCUAUCCGUCUCACCUCCAAGCGAAACGCCGCUCAAUUAAGUUAGGGCAUAGGCCGUACAUGAGAUCAGCCCCACGGCUUUAUCGUGUUCAAGUGGCAAUUUCAGGUGUUGGUCGUAACUGGGUAGUUGAGUCGUUGCUGCUGCCUAUGGCAUCUGCCUGCUGGACACUGACACUGCACACCCGGCAAGGCAAAAGGCAAAUAGGAGACAAGGGGGUAGUGGUAGUUGAAGAGCGUGACAUAUUUGAAAUGAACGCCCUGCCGCGCUACUUGAAGCCUUCGUGCAAAGAUGCGUAAUUCGUGAUUCUGGACUCGGCACCCGACACUCGAUGGUAAUGUUUUGUCUUGUCUCUUGUCUCAGCCUUUCACGUGAAUACAUAUCUGUCGCCGAAUGGAAUGUUUGUAGUCAUUUACUGAAACAUUUACGUUGACACGAUUACCAAGGAACUAUCAAUUUCAUUUUAAAAUACCAGAAUUUGAAGAAACAUCAAAAUUUUCACAAAUUCAACGUAAAAGAAAUUAUGAUUUAAAAGUUAUCAACUUAGUCGAUCGUAAAGUGAACAAUCUUGAAGACCUUCAAAAUUUCUUUUUAUCACAUGACUUGAAAGAAAUCAACAGACAUGUCAGGACAGUUCCCUAUCCACCAAUCAGGUGGAACACCUGUCACAGUCAAUAAUUAUUCCAGCUGGAGUCAACCACAUCAGCAGCCUCAAGGACUUGGUGUAUCCCCUGGAACUCCCCACUCACCAGUGCCUGUAUUGCCACAGCAACCUCACAUACUUCCUUUGCCAGGUUCCCAACCAAAAGCAAUGAAGUUUUCUAACAUGCCAAUGAAUGGCUCUGGAGGGCACCUGCCUGCUACUGUAAUAAAUCAAAGCAACCCUUCAUUAACAGAAAAUUUACGACACAGUCUUCAAAUGUACAUGAAUCAAGGAACAGGACCCUCUUCAAAGAACUCCACUGUUAACUCUCCAGUAGUAUCAACAACUGUUCCUAGUGGCUCCAGCAGAAUGGAUGUUAAAGACCAGAGCCAGCCUGUCCACAGUUCUUCUCCCCAACCAAACCAGAAUCACACUGUGAUUUCAAGCAUUGGAGUGUCACCUUUGUACAAUGGUGAAAUGCAGUCAAGUACUGCUGUUAGUGUAAUUGCUAAUGCAUCCUCACCUUGUAAGGAGUUAAAUUCAACUAGCCAGAAUGCUAUCAUGAUUUCCAAUCGUGGAGACUGCAAGACAGUGUCUGCUGUUGAUAGUUUGGCAGUGAAGCAAGAAGCACCGUCUGUGACUGAAGUUCAUCUGUCCACAGAUAAGGUUUCUCCGAAAUCAAGUGACAUUCCAGAACCUCCAUAUAAGAUUAUGAAAGUGGAAGACAAUGUGAAAUGUGUAAAUAGUUCAGUCAUUGUAGGGUCUACUUCUUCAAGCACCCAAGAUUAUGUGAUGCAGCAAACCAAUCCUCAAAGCUUAACAACUCCAUCAAAUCAACUCUCCACCCCAAAUCCCAAUUCUUCCAAUAAGCAGGAUGCACUAGAUGUUGAAUCUCAGCUAGAAGCUCUCUUUGCAGGUAUUGGUGAUGAUGGUACAUCUGGUAAAAGUCUUCAACCUGAACCAGUUUCAUCAUCAAAUCUUCAGGGCACCCCAAAUGUUGCUGCAGUACUUGAAAGUAAAGGUUCGACAGGGAAGAAAGGUAAAGGAAAAACAAAUGGUAUGUGUGGCACGUCAUCUACUGAGAGCUCACCAAAGAAAAAACGUAAAAAGAAACCUAUCAAACCUUGGGAAGAGAAGAAAAAGAAAAAAGCAGGACCAAACAAAAGCAAAUAUGUUAAGGAGGCAUCAUGUGACAGCGGCAGCAACACGAGCUCCAGUCGUGUCAAAGGGCCUGUUGUACACAUUGAGGGGACUAGGGGGGCUCCCACUGCACUUUCAGUUGUGAAUGCACCAUCAAGACAGGAUGAUGAAGACAAUGACAACAAAAAGAAAGCUUUAUCUUCUAAUAGGAUAGGGAAAAUUCGGACUGUUGAAGGUAAACUAUCCAGCUCUGGACUCUGUGGUAAUUCCUUGGUCUCAAGAUAUGAAGCUCAUUCAUCAGAUCCUCGAUGGGUGUGUGUCUUUUGUAAAAAAGGCUGUCAUGUAGAUGGUCUCGGAGAUUUGUUUGGUCCCUAUCUUAUAAACCAUGAUACUGAAUUAGAGAACUCAUUGGAUUUGGAUGCAGAAAGUGACCGCAAAAAGGAUAAAAAGAUAAAACGCAGUGGAAUAGGCCAAACGGGUGUUUAUGGUUUGCUUGCAAUUCCACCUCUUUCUGGUGAACAAGCACAAUUUAUGGUUUAUUUUCAUGAAAACUGUGCUGUUUGGUCACCCUCUAUCAACCUCAUCGGCUCAAGGCUUGCUGGUGUUCAAGAAGCUGUGUGGGUAGCUGUUCGAUCUAAGUGUAGCCGAUGUUUAAUGGACGGUGCUAAUAUUGGAUGCCUUUAUCAUGGCUGUACGAUGCAAGUUCACUAUCCCUGUGGAAGAGAAGUAGGAUGGCAUUUAGAUGAGAAUACUUUUAUUAGUACUUGUCACAUCCAUAAGAGGAUAGAGCAAGCAACACCGCUAGCCAAAGCCCCAAAUUUAUGAAUUCAGUAGUAUCUACUACUAAAUAUCUGACUCUAAUUGAUAUAUAGUGCAUCAUACUCUGACAAAAAUAAUUUUUAAAAUUUUAACUAGUUAAUACCAAUGGAUUGUGAGUGGUUUCCCUGCCUUUUGUCAACCCUUGUUGAGUUGGUUUGGUCUUUGUAAUUUUUAUGUGUACAGUUAUACUUAAUUUAUUUGCUUUUAAAAAAAAAAUCUGCCGCAUAUUUUUUAUGAUAAAUGAAAUGGUUAUUCAAAUCAUGUAGAAAGAAAUCUUUUUCCUAUUCACUUGCAUAAAAAUAUGUAUAGGCUGUUUAAAGUGUGUGUGAUACAUAGAACUUUUAAUUCAAUUCUAGGGAUGUCUGUAAUUUAUAAAUUUUCCAAUGAACUCAUGUAAACCUGUUAACCAGUUUGCUUCAGUCCUUGCAACAAAUUUGUUUGUAUUGUUUUGGGCCUGGUGAUACAUUUUCUUUAGAUUUGUUGUAAAUAUAAAAUGAAAUGUAAUUGUAUUUUUGUAAAUUGUGAAGUUUGUGUCAGCACAGCUUAAUGGCAACUUUGCAGUUUUUCCACGUAAAAUUCUCAAAUUAGUCAAUGUUAAUGAACUUACAGUGCUUAGCACAUCUCAUCAUCAUUGAAUCUAUCAGAGCAAUUCAGAUUCAGAAACUUCAAAUUUAAUCAGAAAACAUGUUCCCCCUGGCUAUUCAUUUAAAUUUGCCUAAUAAUAUUUAUUGACUUUUUUCUAAAAGAAGUUCAAAUAGACUUAAGUGAAUUGCUCCAUUAAAACAUCACCCAGCGUUUGUCAUCUUGCAUAAUAUUUCCAUAAGUAUUAAUUUGGAAUUGGAUUUAGAUGCAUUGCUCUGAAAUGUUGUAUUAAAACACCAUGUAACUUUGGUGUUAAAUGUGGUACUUGUUCCUUUGAGUCAAUUGAAAUACAAAACCGCAGAAAGAACUAAAAAGAUGAA